ACCGACCGACCGGCCAAAAGCCCAGCGAGACGAGGAUGGGGCGUGGUUGAUCCUUCGCUGCGAUGAUGGCCACUUGCUCUUGAGUAUAAAAGGGCUGGCGUUGCUUCACGGAUUAUCAGUUCGCUCUGACACCUACAAACAACUCUCAACAAUCAUGAAGUUCCUCGUCGCCCUCGCCGCCCUCGUGGCCGUUGCCUCCGCCGGAUUGAUCGCUCCCCUGAGCACCAUCUCCCGCGCGCCCGCCUUCGACAGCGCCGUCAUCCAGUCUGACCGCAUCGGUGGCAACUUCGCGUACAGCACCGCCGAGAACCACGCUUACGCCGUCAACACCCCGAUCGUGCAGAACGUGCAGACCCCCGUUGCCGUCUCCUACUCUGCCCCCGCCAUCGCCGCCUACGCGGCCCCCGCCUACGGCUACGCCGCGUACGCCCCCGCUGCCGCCUACACCCACGGCUACGCCGCCGGACCCGCCGUCCUGGCCCUGUAAAUUAACAUCUACCCUAAUGGUGGUUUGAUUUUUUCGAGACGAUGACGACCUCUGCACCUGGAUUUCGGCUGCCCCGCUCAAGGAUACGAUACGAUCACGUCUGCCGCGACUCAAUUUGUUUUGCACAAACGAAGCUGAUUUUCGGUCUCUCGGACACAGUAUACUGAAGGUGUCGUGACACGUCAAUAACUUACCUUCGACUCAGGUUCUCUCUCACACACGCUCGCAGGUGGAUAUCGACACGCACACUUUUUUACUUUCCCGAGAUCUGAAAUUUCCGCAAAGAGAAUUAUUGUUUUUCCAUCAAAACAUUACAAAGUUAAUUUAUGAAUAGUUUGUACAAAAUGAAUAAAGACGAAGAACUCUCAUGAUGAAAA